AAGCAACCCUGUGUGGGAUGGGAUCCUCUGGUGGCCAGCUUGUGGCCCGAGGGCCCCAUGUUGGACACUUUUGAUUUCCAGUACAAAGCUAGUAUACUACUGUUGCUGUCUGCAUAUUAACUUUGAUCCAUGCUAUGUCUCCUAUCCAAAAAUGACGGUGACGCUGACGGUGAAGUUAAGUAGUUGGAGCAGAAGAAGGGGGGAAAGCGACAACGAGAGGGGCAGGAAGCUGAAUCCCGUCUCCAGCAGUUAGCAGCAGCUUCCCUGGCUCCACGGCGACGGCACAACCGGCAGCAGAUUAAAAAAAUGUCUGAGGAAGGACCGAACAUGUUGACAGGGAGGAAGACGGCGUUAAGUGAAAACAUGCUCUUUGGGAUGGGAAAUCCCUUGCUCGACAUUUCAGCUGUUGUGGACAAAGAUUUCCUUGACAAGUUUGGACUGAAGCCGAAUGACCAGAUCCUCGCAGAAGACAGACACAAAGCCUUGUUUGAAGAAAUUGUCAAGAGGAACAAAGUUGAGUACCAUGCCGGUGGUUCUACCCAGAACUCAGUCAAAAUUGCUCAGUGGAUGCUCCAGAAGCCCCAUAAGGUGGCUACCUUCUUCGGGUGCAUCGGGAAAGACCGCUUUGGCGAGAUCCUAAAGAAGAAGGCCGAAGAAGCCCAUGUCGAUGCCCAUUACUAUGAGCAAAACGAGGAGCCGACUGGUACCUGUGCAGCCUGUAUCACGGGAGACAAUAGGUCCCUUGUUGCUAACCUGGCAGCGGCAAACUGCUACAAAAAGGAAAAACACCUGGACCUGGACAGCAACUGGGAGCUGGUGAAGAAAGCCAAGGUCUAUUAUAUUGCGGGUUUUUUCCUCACUGUGUCCCCGGAGUCGAUCGUCAAGGUGGCAAGGCACGCUUCCGAUAAGAACAAAAUUUUUUGCAUGAACCUCUCAGCACCAUUCAUCAGCCAAUUCUUUAAAGAGCCCUUGAUGAAGGUUAUGCCUUAUGUCGACAUCUUGUUUGGCAACGAGACGGAGGCGGCCACAUUUGCCAAAGAGCUGGGCUUUGAGACAGACGACAUCGCAGAGAUUGCAAAGAAAACCCAAAACCUCCCCAAGGAGAACACGAAGAGGCAGCGAGUGGUGGUCUUCACCCAGGGCAAGGACGACACCGUUGCAACUGUCGGUGAUAGGGUGACCAUGUUCCCUGUUUUGGACAUAGACCAGAAUGAUAUUGUGGACACUAACGGAGCCGGAGAUGCCUUUGUUGGAGGAUUCCUCUCGGCGUUGGUCCAAGAGCACGCGUUGGAGGAGUGCAUCCGGGCCGGACACUACGCGGCUAAUGUCAUCAUCAGGCGGGUCGGAUGCACCUUCCCAGAGAAGCCAGAUUAUCACUGAUGUACCCGAAAAUGCUGCGCACGUGUCUUUUCCACAGAAAUACUUGUAUUUGUAUGUUUCGGGAUUUUACGUAUACUUAUUUUCUAUUCACAGUGACAGACUGCAUGGGACUAAUUACCUCAGCUUGACUAUUUUAUCAAGCUGUUAAAAAAAGGAAAAAUAGCAGCUCUGAUGUUUUAAUAUAAGUCAAUACUGGAAUAAUAUGUGUAUGUUUAAAGGUUUAUUCCACUAAAAUCUGUCUAUUGGGUCUGAAAAACUGAAUACCUGCAAGCCUGAGAAGGCGGUGGGAAAGUGUCAAAUGUGUAAGCACAUCUCAAGAAACAAAUCAAUAUAAUCUACCAAACUUCUCUAACAUUGAUCUAUAUUUUUCCCCACUACAGAGCAAACACUGUAUCCCAGUAACUCCUCCUCAUAGCUAGGGGUUGUGUAUUUUAGUGAUUUAUUGGGAACUUGUUAAAGGCAAAUAAUAAGCUGAUCAGUAGCAGAGAAGUGCAUUAUCCUGAAAGAGUGGUUUGAAAGGUUUCUCCAGGUACGUGUGACUUCUUCAUGGACCCUGAAUCACGGCCCAAAAAAUAAAGAUAUAUUUACAGAAACUUCUCAAGCCAUUCCUGCCACAGAAGCCACUUCUCAGUUUUACUAUUUAUCCUAAUAUUUAUUACUUUUCAAACAAUAACUGCUUUGCCUGUAAAUCGCUAAUUACGCUUAUUUAACUGGAGCUUUUGCACUCUGACAAGAUGAUAGUGACACUGAAGUGGUGUAAUUAGCAGUGAAAACUAUGAGCGCAAAGCUGUAAGGUACAAAGUUUUCAGCGUAAUCUGUUUGGGGGGGGGGGGGCUGUAAAAUGGAAACUAUACCACAUUUCCACUUCAGAGUAUUCCUUUAAUAUUUAGCUGCCAUGCUGCAGCAAUCAGGGAUUGGGUACUGACAAUCUGAAUAGAUAAUGAGAUAAAAGUGAAACAUGUUUUUUUGGUACUAUUGAAAUAAAUCAACUGAUCCCACCAUGAGACUCCUGGAGAAUUUUGACAUCUAAGAGCUGUUUAACCCAGAGGUGAUGUUUAUUUUAGGAGAUAUAAAAAAGAAAGAGGAUAUGAAAACAAUGUUAUAACCCACAGAGUUCGUGAAUUUCCUCAUUAUUUAAUCAGCCAGAGGCACAUACUCUCAUGCUAAUCACUUUUGGAUGGCUCAGCACCCUCCAUUACGGACCUGGUGUCCUGGCUCUGCUCAGCUGCCCCUCCACCCUACCCCUCAUCAUGCUUAUUGGGUCCUAACUGGACUCUUGUGGUCUGGAGCUGCACUGCAGGGCUGCAGGAGAUCAUUUUUCUCAGUUUAAGGGAUUAGCGGUCGCUCUUCGCUGGAGUCAUUAGAGGGACCUGAAAAUUAGGCUGAUCCUUCGUACCCAGCUGUGCUGUCGCUGGGGGUUGGAGAAGGGGAUCAGAGGGAGGCCCUUUCCAACCAGCACCACCCCCUCCCUGCCUCCCUCCUCCUGUCCUAUUCACUAAGGGCCAGCAGAAGUGUCGGGCAGUGUCUCGAGUGUUUUGUGGAAAAUAAUUCAACACUUAUCUGUUCUACAAAGAAGUGUGAUUGAGAUUUUUUUUCCUUUUCUUUUUUUGGUUCCCCUCGCACAACCUGUUACAUCAUAUUGUCGUUUUAUUUUCUUUGAGCACAUCAGAAGGAAUCCAGUAUUUACACUCCCCGCACACGCAGCCCUGCUUUCAUAAUGAGGCAUCGUUUAUGCAUUUAUGCUAAUUGGGGCCAUCUAGGUGAAAAUAUUCUCCAGCCAAAAUGUUAUUAACAACUUUGAGACACUUUUUUUUUCAAUCAGCAUUUUUUUUUAAAGGUUUCACACAGAUGCGCUUUGAAAAGGACCACAUUUCUGAUUGGGCAAGAUCACACUCCAUGGCAGCUGGUUCAUUUGCUUCUCAAGAUGACAGAUGGCAAAACACAAACACAAAAAGAGGGAGCCAUGAUUAAGUAAUGAGAAUGCCUGCCACAAUAAGGAAACUACCAAACAUACUUUUUUCCCCCACUUUUUGCUGGUUAACUUUUGCCUCGCUUUAUGAAAGCAAAAGGCAAGAAAGCAGACAUGGAAAACUGUACGUCUGAUUUACAUUUUUACAAUUCUGUGCUGUGUGUUUGCUGCUCCAUUUCUGCUUACCAAUCUACAAGAUUUACAGGUUUGAGUUAAACACACUGUGAGCUUUGAAGCAGGGAGAAGAAUGUCUUAAUUUUGUGAUAUUUGCCUACUUUUUUUUUUUUAAUUGAGCAUCAUUUUAAUUGCAGGCAAAGGAGUAACUGGGGCCCUGGCCAGUGUUUUGCCCCGCAGAUGGGCAGCAGUGUUUGUGAACACCAGUGCGGCAGUUGGCAGGGAUUGAGGAGGAGGUGGCGGGGUGUGUGUCUGUG